UAAUGGUCCACAACCAUCACUUUCCGAAAAAGUGGAAACGCUACAAUUGGUGGUGCUGUUGUUGCCGCUUGCAAAAUUUCAAAGAAAGCAAGCGUCACGGUCGCUGCCAUUGUCAGCGUUUCUUUCUCUCUAGAGGGAGCUUCUUUCUGGGCUCCAUUUUCUCCCACUUACUACGACUACUUUACUCCUUUCUAUGUCCUCCUUCUAAAACAUUUGCUAGUUUACUUUCUAAUUUCUCUAACAAAACAAGAAUAUAUUCUUGCUUGGCUUUUUUUCAAAAUUCUGCGCUCCACUCGCCGUUCAUUCUUUACUCCACUACAAAGAAACUCAAACCCGCAAAAAAUUGAUAUUCCCUUUAAUCCUCUUUCGCCCUUUUAUAAAGCCAUGCUACUAAAUCAUAACAACCAUCGUGCGCUAGUAGAGUGUCGGCUGGCUGUGUUGGUCUUGCUAGUUCUUUAUCUUUGUGCUUCUUCCUUAAUCUUUCAAGGGGUGAGAAGAGAAGACUUAAGUGAGAAAAAAAUAUGGAGCCUUUUGUUCUUGAUGGAAUCAUUACCAGGUUACUUGAAGUUAGGGGAAAACCAGGGAAGCAGGUCCAGCUUUCUGAGGCUGAAAUCAGGCAACUUUGCAUCACUUCAAGGGAGAUUUUCUUGAAGCAGCCUAAUCUUUUAGAGCUUGAAGCUCCUAUCAAGAUUUGUGGAGAUGUGCACGGACAAUAUUCUGAUCUGCUGAAGCUUUUUGAAUAUGGUGGAUUACCUCCUCGUGCCAAUUACUUAUUUUUGGGGGAUUAUGUAGAUCGUGGAAAGCAAAGCCUGGAAACUAUAUGCCUUCUGCUUGCAUAUAAAAUAAAAUAUCCUGAAAACUUUUUCCUAUUGAGAGGCAACCAUGAAUGUGCUUCUGUAAACCGUAUAUAUGGAUUUUAUGAUGAGUGCAAACGAAGAUUCAAUGUCAGACUAUGGAAGGUUUUCACAGAUUGCUUCAACUGCCUGCCUGUGGCAGCUCUCAUUGAUGAAAAGAUUCUCUGCAUGCAUGGUGGACUUUCUCCUGAUCUGCGGAAUUUGGAUCAGAUAAGAAAUUUAUACCGACCUGCAGUUGUUCCAGAAACCGGUUUGUUAUGUGAUCUCCUCUGGUCUGAUCCCAGUAAAGACAUUCAAGGUUGGGGUGCAAAUGAUAGGGGAGUUUCAUAUAUAUUUGGUGCUGAUAGGGUGACAGAAUUUCUUCAGAAGCAUGACCUUGAUCUAAUCUGCCGAGCUCAUCAGGUUGUAGAAGAUGGAUAUGAGUUUUUUGCUAAUAGGCAACUCGUAACCAUAUUUUCAGCACCUAAUUAUUGUGGAGAGUUUGACAAUGCUGGUGCCAUGAUGAGCGUGGAUGAGAAUCUGCUAUGUUCUUUCCAAAUACUGAGACCUGCAGAAAAGAAGCCAAAGUUUGGCUUUGGGAGCACUGGCACUGCUAAGAAUGGUACCUUUCCACCUAAAAUCAAGUCAUUUUUAGGUGGAAAAGUAUGAGAAAUCCUUUCAAUGAAGAGAGAGACAAAAGAGCCAGCUGUCCUAGAUGGAAACCAGUGGAACAUUGCCAAAGUGGCUAUCUUGGAAUUCUGGGGCCCAAGAGUUAAAUCUCAAAGAGGGGUAAUCAAGAAUUUAGUUCAGCAAUUGGCAAUUUUUAGAAUCAAGAAUGUAGAUUAGCAAAUGGCAACUUUAGGAUAAUAUAAAUAUGCCCUCCACCUCGAACUUUAGGAGGCUGUGAUUUCUCUGCCGCAGAUGCCACUUGGAGAUCAUUGUAUUUUGAUCACAGCAUUAAAAUGCAUGGAUGAGUCAAUUCCCACUUCCUUUUCUUCGUUCUUUUGACCUACUUUAUCAUAUUCCCUCAACCCACAUUAUGUACUAAUAUUGGUUGCUGGUGAUCUACUGAGUGCUAUGUCUCGAUAUUCCUAUCCUAUGUUAUGUUUCAAUAAACUUUACCUAGCGUUGGUAUAAA